GUUUCGCACAAUCUCAAUUGCAUCUCCAAUCAAACCAUCAUUCAAAAUGCAUUCCAAGUUCGCCGCUCUCGUCCUCCCGGUCCUUGCUGCCGCCACCCCGGUGCCCCAGUCCGGCAGUGCCCCAAACCCGGAGUUGAUCACUAUCAUUGACAGUGCCUACUCUGGCAAUGGCUGCCCUCAGGGUUCAGUCUCUACCAGCACCUCUCCCGAUAAGACAGUCAUCACCUACGGUUUUGACCAGUUCCAAACCUACAUUGGCCCUGGCACCAAGCCCGCCGAUCACUCCAAGAACUGCCAGCUUCACUUGAACCUCAAGUACCCUGGUGGAUUCCAGUAUGCUGUUGUCGAUGCCACCUACCACGGUUGGGCCCGUCUGGAUGAGGGUGUCACUGGCAACUUCAUCACCACCUACUUCUUCUCCCAAGAUGCCGGCAAGACAUCGACAACCCGCAUGACCGCCACCGGAGGAGGUGCCCUCGCCAAUGGUCUUGUCUACACCAAGCAGGAUAAGGUUGAGACCACUGCUAUCAUCUGGUCCCCUUGCGGAACCACCGGUCUUCUCAACAUCAACAACCGCCUUGCCUUGACCUCCAGGAACUCCAGCGCCUACGGAGAACUCUCCAACGACGAUGCAACCGUCGCUUUCACCCAACAGCUCCACGUCCAGUGGAGACCUUGCACACCCGGCAGCGGAGGCUCCGGAAACGGUGGUGACACCAUCGGCAUUGGAAAGCCCAGCACCGAGCUCGACAUCGGUAACUAG